AUGUCUGAAAAGGCCGUUAGAAGGAAACUCGUUAUUAUUGGCGAUGGUGCUUGUGGAAAGACGUCUUUACUAUAUGUAUUUACACUAGGAAAGUUCCCAGAACAGUAUCAUCCCACAGUAUUCGAAAAUUAUGUCACUGAUUGCAGAGUAGAUGGAAUAAAAGUGUCUUUAACUCUUUGGGACACAGCCGGACAGGAGGAAUACGAACGUCUUCGUCCAUUUUCCUAUUCAAAAGCAGAUAUAAUAUUAAUUGGGUUUGCUGUAGAUAACUUUGAAUCACUAAUCAACGCAAGAACAAAAUGGGCAGAUGAAGCAUUACGAUAUUGCCCUGACGCACCGAUCGUUCUUGUGGGCUUAAAGAAGGAUUUGAGGCAAGAAUCCCAUUUCAAAGAGAAUGGUACUGAUGAAAUGGUUCCCAUUGAGGAUGCAAAACAAGUUGCGAGGGCUAUUGGUGCCAAGAAAUACAUGGAGUGUAGUGCGCUGACUGGCGAAGGUGUGGACGAUGUCUUCGAAGUAGCUACAAGAACCAGUUUACUUAUGAAAAAGGAACCAGGGGCCAACUGUUGCAUAAUCUUAUGA